UACUUUACUCUAUAAAUCUAUUUAACACUCGUUAACCAUUUUUCUCUCUUGUCUCUCUUUCUUCUUCAUUCUUCUUCUACUUCCAUGGAUUCCAUGAGAAACCAAGAAGAACAAAAGAGUAACCAAACUCAAAACAAUGGACAAAUUCCAUCACCAAGACCCAUAACAAGAUCCGAACCCGGUAACCCAUAUCCAACAACAUUUGUUCAAGCUGAUACAACCUCAUUCAAACAAGUAGUUCAAAUGUUAACUGGAUCCUCGGAAACAUCAAAACAUGUUUCAAACACAACAACAACAACCUUAAACAAAUCAAAUCAUCAUCAUCACAACAACAUUCCACCAAUCAAAUCUAUUCCAACAAAACAACAAGGUUUCAAACUCUAUGAAAGAAGAAACUCACUUCAUAAGAAUCUUAACAUUAAUCCUUUAUCACCCACAAACAUUUUUUCAUCUUCCAACAACAAUUCAAGUUUUUCACCUCGUAACAAACAAGAGAUCUUGUCUCCUAGUAUUCUUGAUUUUCCUUCUCUUGUUCUUAGUCCUGUUACUCCACUCAUACCCGACCCGUUUAACCGAUCCGGGUCAAAUGGGUCAAGUGCUGCUAGAAGUGGUUGUUUGAAUGCAGAAGCUGAAGAUAAAGCGAUUAAAGAAAAGGGAUUUUUUUUGCAUCCUUCACCUGUUUCAACUCCUAGAGAUUCUGAACCACCUCGUUUGCUUCCACUUUUUCCUACUACUUCUCCUAGAGCUUCUUCAGGUCCAUCUUCUUCAAAUUAUAAUGCUUCUUGAAUUUUUUAUGUAAUUUUGCCAUUGUUGUUGAAUGUUGCUCAUGAAAGGGAUUGAUUAAUGUUUUAUGGAAAGAGAACAUUGAAUUAUUAUUGAAUAAUUUUUUGCUUUA